AUGAAGCCAGACCCCGCUGGAGGUUGCGUGCUGCUGCUGCUGCUGCUGCUGUGCACUGUACAGACCAGGUCAGGGGAAGUUCCUGUCCCCAGACCCCUCAGUGUCUCCCCGGAUGCAAGGGGCUGCCACGUGGCCCAGUUGCAAUCUCUGUCCCUAGAAGAGAGGCAGGCCUUCAAGACAGCCAAGGAAGCAUUGGAAGAGCGGCGCCUGCUGAAGGACUCCACCUGCAACUCGGGGCUCUUCUUCAGGGCCUGGGACCUAGGGAAGCUUCAAGUGUGGGAGCGCCCCAUGGCCCUGCAGGCUGAGCUCUCCCUGACACUGAAGGUCUUGGCCUCGGUGACAGACCAGGCCCUGUGGGGCAUCGUGAAGCAGCCGAUUCACACUCUGCGUCACAUCCACGCCCAGCUCCGGGCCUGUGUCCCAGCUCAGCCCAAAGCAGCCCACAGGCCCUGCAGCCACCGCCUGUCCCGAUGGCUGCAGCGGCUCAACCAGGCCACCAAGAAGGAGUCCCCUGGCUGCCUCCAGGCCUCUGUCAUCUCCAACCUCUUCUUCCUGCUCACCCGGGACCUGAGAUGUUUGGCCAGGCCAGACCUGUGUGCCUGAGCCCUCAGCCUGCCCUGCAACCUGCCAUGGAAGCCUUCGUGUCAUUUCUGCCUCAACCACUUGCCUUAACUUAU